CUCCUUAGCCACCACAAACCACCACUCACAAAAAAAAAAAAUCACACACUUUUUAAGCUUUAACUCACUGUAGCUCAAAGACAUUCUCAGUCUUUUUGCUUUUGUUUCCUUAAAAAUGGGUUCGAUGAUGUUUUCGGUGAAGGCUAUUUUGAUCUCGACAGGGGUUGUGUUUAUGGGACUGGGUUUGAAAGCUUCGGUUCCAAUGGUGAUGGAGUUCUCAGCGUCUCGCCUGCCUGUCACGUUGGCUUCGCUUCUCUCUUGGCUCAAGCCACCUUAUGUAUACGUGAUCAUCAACGGUAUUAUCAUCACCAUCGCAGCCUCUUCGCGCUUCCACCACCGCCGCCACAGCGGCAGCUCAGCCGCAGCCUCCUCCGCCUCCUCCGCCGACCGUCACCAUCCCUACCCGAUGCCUUCUUCGGCGGAUAUUCCGCCGGAGGAGUUUGGUGUUCUGGAGGACUCGACUGUGGUUCCGGAAGUGAAGAAUAUUGCUGCGGUGGUGAUGAAUGGAGAGGAAGAAGAGGACGAGUUCGUGGCUCCGAGUGCCACGUGGACACCGGAGAAGGAGGUGGUGGUCUCGUCGGAGUAUCUUUCUCUGGCGGAGAAACCUCUGGUUUCUGAGAGGUUCGGCCACCGGAAACCGGCUAAGGCCAGUCCUGAAGGUGCAAGAGGAUUGAGAGUAGCAAAGCCAAAACGGCACGAGACAUUGGAGAACACGUGGAAGGCGAUAACGGAAGGGAGAGCAAUGCCACUGAGUAGGCACAUGAAGAAGUCUGACACGUGGGAGAAUCACGGCCGCGAUAUCCACGUGGACUCGCUGGGUGAUCUUGUGAAGAAAUCAGAGACGUUCAAGGAUCGUACCAACCAGGCAGCACCGGAGGCGUUGGCUUUGUCCGUUGGGCCUGGGCCUGGGCCUGGGAAGCCUCCUCUUCUAAGGAAAGAGCCGUCACUGAGUCAGGACGAGUUGAACCGGCGAGUGGAGGCUUUUAUCAAGAAGUUCAAUGAGGAAAUGAGGUUGCAAAGGCAAGAGUCAUUGAAUCAGUACAUGGAAAUGAUCAACCGUGAGGCCCAUUAGUAAAUACCUUUUUUUU